GUUUUAGUCAGAGAGCAUUUUUAUUACCACUGCUAUGUGGGUUCUUUAUUCUCCACCCUUCUACAUUGGUUCUUCAGACACAAUGCAGCACUUGUGUAUUGCAGCUUUACUUUUGUCAGCUGUCGCCGCUCAGCUGGAUGCAGAACCCAAGCUGGGUGACAGCAAGAAGCCGGUGACAGAAGCCCAAGAACACGGGUCUGACUGGGACGCUGGCCACCCAUGGCUUCUUGAGAUGCCCCCUUGGUUCCCAAACCAGCAAGCUAGAAGACCAGGAAAUCCCCGCAGACCUGUGGAAGGGACUGAUGGGCGUCCUUCUCAAAGAGGUCCUGAUUUCAAGCCUGGUGAGCGUGGAGUCCCUCCUCCUGGGAGACUCAGAGGACCUUCAGGGGACAGGAGGCCCAACAGGAGACCAAUGGAGCUUUCUCCUGUGUUCAAGGUUGACGGCGUGACGUUUCAGAGCACCUCUGCUGUGCCCCUGCAGGAGGGGGAGACCAUGUUUCGGAUGGUGAGGCCACGGGAGGGUGAAGAAGGACCUCGUCCGGAGGAAAAGAGGAGGGGAGAAAGACGCGGACCUGGGCAAUAUGUGAAGCUCAUCUACAAAGCCAUGGAGCCGAACAAGGUAUCCAUCGAGUUUGGGGUUAUGAAGCCCGUGAAACCUGGGGAACUUGUUCGAGGCGAAGACAUUUUUGAAGACGACUACUGACAACUGUAAAAGGAGGACACCAACAACUACAAGGUUAAUCGACCAUUUUAAAGUAGAUUGUGGUGUCAUUUCCUGUGAUACAUUCAGAGAAAUCACUCAUGUCAUUGUGCAUUUUCUGAGUAAAAACAUAAUUUCUGUGUGACACAAUAAAAG